GCCCGCCAAUAUUAUCCAGCACAGAGAAGCAAACACCAGAAGCUCCUCUCCAACUUUCAGUUUUUCUCUAAACUUCCAGUCCUUCUCAUACUGUGUCCUGGUUAUAAUGGUUGCUGGGACCUUAUUCUAUUCUGAAUCCCCAGCCCCCAAAGAAGGCUUGGCAGUGACGUGUACAGCGUAGUUACCGAGUGACUUUGGGGAAGGCAGGAAGAGUGUGGAAAGGACAGGAGCAAGGAAGGGAGGGGCCGUGGCUCCGAGCUGCCUAGAAAGCGGCUCCAGGGAGCCAGGGCACCGUGAGCCUGGUGGUUGGCAGCUGGAGCCACGUCGGAGGGGGAAGUGUCGCAGCAUUCUCUGCAGGCAUCACAGACCUGAGGCAGUGGCCUCCGGAGGGCACAGGACAGAAACAGCCGUCCAAGUGGCUGAGUGGAGGGACCCUGCUCAAGUGCAGCUGCAGUGGCCGGGGUUUCCCUCAGGAGGCGGUCGUGGGAAAGAAGGUGGAAGAGCGAGCUUUUUGGAACUGUGCACGGGACAGAUUGGACGCACACCCCUCGGGAGGCGUGACGGCAUGGAAAAUUUGAAGCAUAUUAUCACCCUUGGCCAGGUCAUCCACAAACGGUGUGAAGAGAUGAAAUACUGCAAGAAACAGUGCCGGCGCCUGGGCCACCGCGUCCUCGGCCUGAUCAAGCCUCUGGAGAUGCUCCAGGACCAAGGAAAGAGGAGCGUGCCCUCUGAGAAGUUAAGCACAGCCAUGAACCGCUUCAAGGCUGCCCUGGAGGAGGCUAAUGGGGAGAUAGAAAAGUUCAGCAAUAGAUCCAAUAUCUGCAGGUUUCUAACAGCAAGCCAGGACAAAAUACUCUUCAAGGACGUGAACAGGAAGCUGAGUGAUGUCUGGAAGGAGCUCUCGCUGUUACUUCAGGUUGAGCAACGCAUGCCUGUUUCACCCGUAAGCCAAGGAGCGUCCUGGGCACAGGAAGAUCAGCAGGAUGCAGACGAAGACAGGCGAGCCUUCCAGAUGCUAAGAAGAGAUAAUGAAAAAAUAGAAGCUUCAUUGAGACGAUUAGAAAUCAACAUGAAAGAAAUCAAGGAAACUUUGAGGCAGUAUUUACCACCAAAAUGCAUGCGGGAGAUCCCGCAAGAGCAAAUCAAGGAGAUCAAGAAGGAGCAGCUUUCAGGAUCCCCGUGGAUUCUGCUAAGGGAAAAUGAAGUCAGCACACUUUAUAAAGGAGAAUACCACAGAGCUCCAGUGGCCAUAAAAGUAUUCAAAAAACUCCAGGCUGGCAGCAUUACAAUAGUGAGGCAGACUUUCAAUAAUGAGAUCAAAACCAUGAAGAAAUUCGAAUCUCCCAACAUCCUGCGUAUAUUUGGGAUUUGCAUUGAUGAAACAGUGACUCCGCCUCAAUUCUCCAUUGUCAUGGAGUACUGUGAACUCGGGACCCUGAGGGAGCUGUUGGAUAGGGAAAAAGACCUCACACUUGGCAAGCGCAUGGUCCUAGUCCUGGGGGCAGCCCGAGGCCUGUACCGGCUACACCAUUCAGAAGCACCUGAACUCCACGGAAAAAUCAGAAGCUCAAACUUCCUGGUAACUCAAGGCUACCAAGUGAAGCUUGCAGGAUUUGAGUUGAGGAAAACACAGACUUCCAUGAGUUUGGGAACUACGAGAGAAAAGACGGACAAAGUCAAAUCUACAGCAUAUCUCUCACCUCAGGAACUGGAAGAUGUAUUUUAUCUAUAUGAUGUAAAGUCUGAAAUAUACAGCUUUGGAAUCGUCCUCUGGGAAAUCGCCACUGGAGAUAUCCCGUUUAAAGGCUGUAAUUCUAAGAAGAUCUGCAAGCUGGUGUCUGUGAAGCAGCAGCAGGAGCCGCUGGGUGAAGACUGCCCUUCAGAGCUGCGGGAGAUCAUUGAUCAGUGCCGGGCCCAUGAUCCCUCUUUGCGGCCCUCCGUGGAUGAAAUCUUAAAGAAACUCUCCACCUUUUCUAAGUAGUGUAUCAAAAUCUAAACCAAGGAGUCUCUGGACAAGAAGCUGGGAGAGGCACAAACUGGACAUCUCUCUCUCUCAUAUCCUUCGGCAUUGGGUUAUCUAUGGGUGCAAGGAGUGGGCACACUUCUCUGUUACAAAUAGAAAACUAUUCCAGUCAUACAGGACACAUCCCACUCCAAAUGAUAUUUCCAAAAACAUACCUCUGACAGUAACUUUGAUAGAUGGUUUGUCAAAUGUAUCUUUCUGGGUAUCCGCACCUCUUGGCAAUGAAAUUUGCAGCUCCUCCCUUCCAUAAAUGAAGUCUUUUUCCCCACCAUUUGAAUCUAGGCUGGCACUGUGACUUGAUUUGAUCAAUAGAAUGUGGAAGAAGUGACUGUGUGCCAGUUCCAAGCCUAGGUUUCAAGAGGCCUUAUAAAUGUCCGUUGGAACCUUACCCAGCCAUGAACAUGUUGAGUGAGCAUGCUGGAGAAUGAGAGACCACAUGAAGCAGCAACAUGCUUUCCUAGCUGAAGUCAUACUAGACCAACCAACAUGACAACUAACACAUGAAUGAGGCCAAUCAAGACCAGAAGAACCACUCAAGCAGAGCCCAGCCCAAAUUGCCCAUUCACACAAUCAGGAGCUAAAUAAAUUACUGUUGUCUUAACACUAA